AUGGCGGGUCCUGAUGCCACUCAGGCAGAGGAAUUGAAACGCCAGGGCACAGCAGCAUAUGCUCAGCAGGAUUGGGCAGCUGCAGCUGAACACUACACAGCUGCGCUUGAGUGUUGCCCUUCGGAUUCUGAGUUGGCGGUAACCUGUCUCAACAAUCGAGCUGCAUGCUUUGCGCAACUCAAGCAGCACGAGCUAGUGGUUCGAGACACGUCAGAGGUUCUCAAACAGCAGCCUGCAAACAUUAAGGCCUUGCUUCGCCGCAUGGUCGCGCAGGAUGCUGCGGGGCGAGCAUCGGAAGCCCUGCAGGAUGCCAGCGAUGUGCUCACGUUGGAGCCAAAGAAUCACCAUGCGCUGCAGGUGGUGGCUCGGAAACGUCAAAGCCUCAACAAGAAGGUCGAUUUGGGCGCUGUCGCUCCAGAAGCAUCAGUGGCUGCCUUUCUCUUCACAGAGGACCGUCCACUCCAAUGCUAUGCCUGUCUCAAGUCGCUGAAGCACCUGCGGAAUGCUCGGCUGAACGUUACUGUCUUUUGGGCGGCUGAACGUUCUUGCAUUCACUCCUACCAGCUUUUGGAAGCUUUGCCGGAGCUAAGACUGCCCAACGUUGAGGUUGCGUGGCAGGAAGUGAAGAAAGGGCAGCUUUUUGAGAAGUUCUCGCGAAGCGUUGGUCGCCUCUCAGUCGAGGGGAUUCGGAGCUUGUUGAUCUUGUCCGACACGGCAGUGUUUCAUACUGAUGCGGACAUGUCCGCUGCCACAGCUGUUCUCAGUGAUCGCAAUGACACCUUUGCCGUGCGACUGGAUUUGAAUCCCCGUGUGGAGUUCUUCCCGAAGAGCCAACUUUGCGCCUCAGCACCUCAUUUGAAGCCUUUCGCCAACGAUGGAAGAUUGCUGCUCUGGACCCGGAGCUUCGAUGCUUCAAAGAUGGCCUAUGAAGCGGUACCUCGAGAGAGUGGUUGGGAUGAGAUUUUGGAUUGGACCGCAACCCUUGUGCGUGCGGCGCAGAUCUCCCACUUCUUCUCUGCCUUGCAGGGACAAGAUGUCCAGUCGCUGCAACAGAUGGAUGACAAGGCUGCAGACUGGCUAAGCAGACGGCAACGAAUGAAACGCAGUGAAGUUAGCCACCGAUCUGCGUGUUUCCUCGAGCCUUUGCUCGUGACCCUGGACCCAAAGGUCUUUGGCUCCACCAUUGAGGCUGAUGCAUUGCUUCGCUGGACUCUCUACGAUUCUUGGAAGGAUCGCUUGCCGAGACUUGCAGAGAAGCUGAGAUGGAGUGAGGCAGAAGUCAUGGAUUAUUUCAAAGGAGUGGGUGAAGGCUCCACGGAAGCCUUGCAAUGCCUGCUGGAUCCCAGUAGGUACAAGGAUUACUACUUGGACACAGUUCAAGUUGGGCUAGCGCCAACUACAGGCUUACCACAGCAGCUACGAGAUGCACCACUGGUGUCCUGGUUAGUACCAGCUCGGAAUUGCGAAUUCUUCAUUCUGGAUUGUCUACGGUCCAUUGAAAAGCAGGUUGGACUGAGCCCUGGCUGCUUCGAGGUGGUGGUUGUAGAGGAUGCAUCAGAGGAUCGUACAGAUGCUGUGCUGCAUCGCUUUGCUAAGACACGACCGUAUGUUCGCAUCAUUGAGAGCGACGGUGUGCAGCAGGGUGUUGGAGGCUCUCUCCAAGUGGGUUGGAGCCAUUGUCGUGGCUCCUAUAUUGCAAGACUGGAUGCAGAUGAUGAGGCCGAGCCAGAGCGUUUGCUGAAACAGCUCCGCUUCUUUGAGCAGCAUCCCGAGGUGUCCAUUGUGGGCGGCCGCACUUCAUUCUUUUUCUCGGAGCAGAGAAAGUUUUCCGUGGAGAAAAUCUCUCAGAAGGAGGAUGGCCGCGUCGUGGCAGCUGUUUGGAGGGAGUUCCACGGUCAACAGACAUCUCGAGCCCGUGAACAGAUCUGCUUGGUCCAACGCGGAGAAGAUGUGGUGGUUGCAGAUGGGCCAGCAGAGUAUUCGAACUGCCGAUUACUUCUCGUUGGGGAGGAGUCGAUCGCAGUGAAUCCUGACAGGUGGCAACAGGCCCUGCUACCUUUUGCAGAGGUCUUGCUACUGCGGAGUGACCCAUGUGAACCGGCCAGUGGUAGUCGAUGGCAACACCCCAGCCUUCUUCGGGUGGCAUCCAUCUUUGAAGACGUCCUGAUCGGCACCACUGCCUGCUUCAGACGAUCCCACUUUCAGGAGUGUCCAUUUUCAAGAGAAGAGGCAGAAAACCAUUGGCUCAUGGUGAAUCUGGAGCCUAAUCAACAUGCUGCAAACCUCACCGACGUCUUGGUGAGAACCAGGCGCCAUGAAGGCAAUCGCGCAGUCCGAGACGAGGCCGGUAUCCACGAGUCAAAGUGUGCUGCUGUACAGCACUACUUGAAGAAGACGUUCAAUGCCCACAUCGACAUGCACGAUGCUGCAGCCUUGCUGAACUUUCGGGGUCCCAGGACCCCCGAGCAAGGGGAUAAGCUGUUGCAGAUUCUGGAGAAUGUGGAACGCUCCUUCUUCGGCAACUACAUCAGGCCCUCAGAAAAGGGCGACUUCUUCAACGACUUCGUAGCCGGUCGAGAGGUGGCAUUGGAACGUGCCAUCAUCUCGAUGCGCUUGCGCUUUAGAGCUUUGCACCAGGAGCUGGCACAGGUGAUCACCAACGUGCCUGACAACUCUCCGCGGCAGCACCGCUCCAGAACCCCGCCACGGUAA